GCUGAGAAAUUUUUAAAUUAUAAUUUUGCAGAAAGCUAGAUAAGAGAGCGAGAGUUGUGAUUGAGGAAAUUGAAUUCUGUACAAUACGGCAAGUGGGCUGAGAUGGGAGCGCCGGGUUCAGGAGCAGACACGUCCGCCAAAUCGAAUGUGACGGCCCUAAACUGUAUCAGUCUCUCGGAUCCUGACAUCCAGAAAUCCAUUUCACUUCUCAGGCAGGCGUGCCUAGAUUCUGGAUUUUUCUAUGUAAUUGAUCAUGGCAUUAGCCAGGAAUUCAUGGAUGAGGUUUUCUUCCGGAGUAGAAAAUUUUUUGAGCUACCUUUACAUAAAAAAAUGGAGCUAUUUCGUAAUGAAAAGCUUCGAGGUUAUACUCCCACAGCAGAUCAGACUCUGGAUCCCAAAAAUCAAGUGCAGGGUUCGUUUCCAAAUCUUAUGGCUUCUGCAUAGUCACCUUUACAUCUC